GUUCGUCUCUCUAUCAACUGUGCCAAUUUCUUGUCCAACACCUCACAUCUUUUCACUCCUUCAACUUUCCCGCCUUUUCCUUAUCAAUGGCGGAGCGAGGCGGAUUUGGACGAGGUUUCGGCGGCAGAGGUCGCGGCGGAGGUGACCGCGGCCGCGGAGGUCGCCGUCGCGCUGGUCGACGUGAUGAAGAGGAGAAGUGGGUUCCUGUCACUAAGCUAGGGCGCCUCGUAAAAGAAGGUAAGAUCCAGUCCUUGGAGCAGAUUUAUCUCCAUUCUCUCCCCAUAAAGGAGCACCAGAUCAUCGAUACCCUCAUUGGCCCUAGCCUUAAGGACGAGGUUAUGAAGAUUAUGCCAGUCCAGAAGCAGACCCGUGCCGGACAGAGAACUCGUUUCAAGGCUUUCGUCGUUGUCGGCGAUGGUAAUGGCCAUGUGGGUUUGGGAGUAAAGUGUAGUAAGGAAGUUGCCACAGCGAUUCGCGGUUCCAUUAUUUUGGCUAAGUUGUCUGUGAUCCCCGUGAGAAGAGGGUAUUGGGGUAACAAGAUUGGUAAGCCUCACACAGUGCCGUGUAAGGUUACUGGAAAGUGUGGAUCCGUCACUGUCCGGAUGGUUCCGGCGCCACGAGGUGCUGGGAUUGUGGCGGCUCGAGUUCCCAAGAAGGUCUUGCAGUUCGCUGGGAUCGAGGACGUGUUUACAUCUUCUAGGGGAUCGACUAAAACUCUCGGCAACUUUGUUAAGGCAACCUUUGACUGUCUGCUGAAAACUUACGGCUUCUUAACACCUGAAUUUUGGAGGGAAACACGUU